UGUGUCAGACUGAAGUGUGACUAAAGCACAGUUGUUUUUCAGGUAAACUCAGGGGGAAUCUGGCCCGCAUGGAGCCUUUCUUUUGUGCUCAGUGCAGAACUGACUUCACACCUCAUUGGAAACAAGAAAAGAGUGGGCGGAUCCUCUGUGAGCAGUGCAUGACAUCCAAUCAGAAGAAGGCUCUGAAGGCCGAGCACACCAACAGGCUGAAGAACGCCUUCGUGAAGGCGCUGCAGCAGGAGCAGGAGAUUGAACAGAGGCUUCAGCAGCAAGCAGCCCUGUCCCCCAGCUCAGCCCCUUCUGGCCCCAACGCCUCCAAGACUGACACCAUGAUCCGACAUCACGCUCUGCGCCAGGCUCCUCAGCCUCAGGCGUCCCUGCAGCGAGGACUGUCUAACUCUGCGCGGGGUGUCCUCUCCAACUUUGCUCAAGCCUCUCAGCUGUCGGUAGCCAGCAGCCUGAUGGGAAUGACCAGUGCAAAGCACUGUGGAAACAGCAGCAGCAACAGACUGCAACACGACGGCCGGCGGCAGAUCUACAACAUACCAGGGCUAAAUAUUGCCUAUUUGAACCCAGCCACCGUUGGAACCCAGAAGAGUUCUAGUUUGGCAGACCGGCAGAGGGAGUACCUGUUGGACAUGAUCCCACCCCGGUCCAUAUCGCAGUCCAUCAGUGGACAGAAAUAAGCUCCGCCUACUCCACACCGAAGCACUCCCAGAUCAGCCGUUAUGACCACCCCCCAUCGCAUGCAGUGCCUGUCCGUGUGCCGACCUUAACUCCUCCAGACCCAGACUAGACGCUCCACGCUUCUCACCUUCUUACUCCACGUGGAAUCAACGUAACAGUUUGGGUUCCCAUGGUUAUGGUCAUUGGUAGCACUGUCCCCCCCUUUCUUUCCUGACCCUAAUUGUGUUUUUGUGUCUGACCAGCAGGUUGUGAUUUUUUUUCUUCACUUUAAAAUGCCGUAGAACAAAAGAUCUGCGUUCUGGUUGCUAUGCAACACCAUGUUUCAAGAGUUUGCUAAACUGACAUUAGAACAUGCAGAUGUCAGUCUGCUGCUGAGCCACUUCACAGAGCUGAUGUCAUGCUCCAGUCCAUGACACCACCUCUGACAUUGUCCUGAUCCUUCAGCAGGCCGCCUGUACAGACUCCAGGACGACCCAGGGUGGACCCAGUGUCCACUCCUGGUUUCUUCCCAUGUCAAGGACCCAGGAUGCAGUCUUUUUACCCAGCAGCCCCUCUUGUUGUCUCUGGAAAUGGCGUAUCAUCUUUUGUGUGACCAAAAUGUAGAUCCUGGACUUGGAGACCUGGUUGCCUGUGGCCCGGAUUCCCAGCUUGUGGGGUAUUUUUUGUUUUUGUUGUGUUUUUGCGGCGUCUCCCAGAGAACGGAGGUGAACCUGAGAGGUUUGAGCCCCUGGAGACGAUAAUAACGAGCAAAGCUGAAACUGAAAUUCUUUGUGUGGAUGAUGUAUAGACAUGGGAAGUGGAUUUGAUGUUUGACAGGAAGUGUAUCAAUCAGUGUGUGCCGCUGUGCACACGGGUCGCCUCACUCCACAGGAGCACUUUGAAUUUUUCCACUUGGAAAAACUUUUAAUUUUUAAGGAGAAUGUUACAAUCC